AAAUCUGUGCUGCAAGCUGCGCAGCCGCCCUGCGCAUUCGCCAGCUGAGCUGAGGUGGAUGGCGCAGCCAUUUCUCUGCCCCUCGGAAAACAAAACAUGCACGGAGUUGCCUUGUCCAGCCGCUCACGCAGCUAAGCGGGACGUGCAUUAACCCAACGCCGUGGCCGCGUGACUUCAGGCUUAACCGUGCAUCACUGAUCAACAACCGCGAUCUCCAAACUUUCUCCCCCGUCAAACGCCUGCGCAGACAAAACGCGCGCAGAUUUUUAUUUUUUGCUGCAGCAGCCAUGGAGGCGAACUUGCACGGAGGCGGCGCCGACGUCGCAGCGAUGCAUGUGAAAACCGAAGCCGGGGAUGAAAGCUCAUCUGCUCUAGGUUUGGGCAGUCAGGAGUCGCCUGCGCCCUGCGGAGAAGCCGCAUGCAGAGCGGGAGGAGGAGGAGUGCAACAAACUGCGGAGGAACUGACUGACACGGAGCUGCAGGGCAACACCUCAGCUCCCUCCGUUCUGUUGUAUCCUGUGAGCACAGAUCGGUUCUUCACAUCUUCUGCUGAUGGAAAAACUUACCUGAAGAUUGCCCCAGCUGCAGUGCUGCCACCUGCUCCCUCAGACAAGACGCUGUCCUCUGGCUCGGAUUUCUCCUCCAAAGCUGUCCUGUGUCUGAUAGAGGCCGUUGGCCGCCGCUGGGGUCUCUACGAGACUCGGGAGCGCUCCCAGCUCUUCCAGAGCGUCCAGGAAGAGAUGUCCUCAAAAGGCCACGUCCUUCCUGUCGAAAAAAUCCGCCGCAAGUGGAACAACCUUAUUGUCACAUAUAAGAGGGUCAAGGACCGCAGCCGGGAGACAGGACAUGCCAAAACGUCCUGGGAAUUCUUUGAUCUCAUGGAUGCCACACUCUGUGAUACUAUUGGCUCACAGAUCAUUAGUAACAAAAGGAACAAAGGUAGCAGUACAGCUUCUUCACUGGCCAUUCCUCCAACAAAAAUCGCUGCAAAACCAGCGCAGCUUCCACUAUCAACCACCAUCAUCCGCCCUAAUGGUGACUUUGCUGCAACCAGUUGUUUGGAUACCGCUGGUCUAGUAGGUGCCACCAGCCAAAUCAUGAGUGGCACUGCUGCCAGUUCCUCACAGAGCGCAGCAACUGUUACCCUUGUAAAUGCUCCAGAGGUCAAGCCUGUUAUUGUCCUUAAUGGUGACAUUGUUACUACUAGCAUUCAGCCGGCGACCAUUGUACCGUCUCCAUCUUUUAUCUCUUCUCCAUGUUUUACUGAAACAGCCUCCGCAUCAUCCUCGUUUGGCUCAACCAGCAGCACAGACUUGGGCACAUCGGUAUACAAACCCCGAAAAGCUCCAUCCUUCACAUCUGGCGUCACACCGUUCUGCCUCAGUACUACACCACUUAGCCACACUCAGAACAUCAUUGGCCUCUCCUCAUUCCCCCUAACAACUUCCUGUCACACCGCUUCCAGUGCUGCUUCGCUAUCUGCCUCUGGGAUGGCAGGAUCGGAAGGGCAGAACCAGAAAGGAAACAAGGAGCAAAGCAGCAUCGGGUUGGUCCAGGAGAUCCUGAAACGGCAGGAAGAGCAGGGCUACCUGGAUCGAGUGGCUCGGAGCAGGGUGGAGGCCAGAGAGAAGAGGCGUGAGAGGAGGGAGGUGCGGAUGUCAGAGUCCCUCGGAAGGAUAGCCACAGCCUUAGAGCUGCUCUCCUCCAAGCAGGACACGGUCAUUGCGCUCCUGCAGAGACUGGCCGAUCGGAAAUGAUGUGCAUUACGGCAGAACAUUUUGAUCCUAGUUUGAAAUCAUGCUUAAUAAAGAGUUCUCCUUCCAUAUUUUGAGCGAGCCAAUUGUCCUAAACAGGUUUCACUUUGCAAAAAAAAAGAUCUUUGUUCACUUUAUAUAGAAGUGUCAUGUGCUUAAAAUUUCAGUUUGUUGCACUUACACUUGCAGUGAAAGGUUUACAUACACUCACCAUCAACGAAUUCAUUCUGAGCCUUUAAGGAUGCAUUUGAACCCCAUUAUAAUAUUUGGAUAAAUACAGUACGUCCAUUUAGUAAGUUAAACCUUCAUCAUACACUUUUUGAAGUCAUCAGCAAUCUUCUGGUAUAAUUCUGGUUGGGUAUUUGACCACUCUUCUUAGCAGAGUUGGUAGAGUUUGUUUAAACUGUUUUGUUUCCUAGGAUGGACCUUUAAGCGUACUCAUUUACAAUGAGUGUUAGGGCUAAGUGAGUAACCAUCUCACAAACCUGAUUUAUCUAUUCCAGGACCAGUUUUGAUUUGUGUGUCACAACCAUUUAAUCCCAACUGUCAAUAAACAGAGAAAAUGCAUUUGGUUUGGCUAUUCAGGAACAGUCCUGGAGUUCCCAAAGCACAAGCUUGCCAUGAACUAGAAACUGCUGGUUGACCACUGUGGCUGUCCACAUUGUAUCAGGUUUUACAUCUUCAUGGGAUGGGAGAGACCGACCCAGAAAAGGUCCCUGCUGUUAAAUGGACACCUUCAAGCCCCAUUGAAAUAUCCACCUGCCCUAAGGGAAAAGCCAAAUGACUUCUACAGAAUUGUUUGAUGAUCAGAGGUGACAAUGGUUAAGCUGUUUGACAAAAGUGUCAGGAGGAGUCAUGGUGAAGCGUUCAAACCUAAGAAUCCUGUACCGUCAGGCAUGGUGGUAGCAGCAUCAUGCCGAGGGUCUGUUUAGAUUCCAGUUGUGGAAAAUGGUUAAAACUUGGACACAGUUGGGUGUUCCAUCAGGACAAUGAUCCCAACACAUCAAUAACAAAUGUUAAGCUAAUGGACUGGCAUUGAAUUUAACCAACAGAAGAUUAUUGAUAGUUGCAGAAAGUGGAUAGUUUCUCUGCAUCUUGCUGAGGGACAUGUAUUAGAGAUGCAGUAUAUAUUUAAGAUUGUAUGUAUAGUUUUUACUCAAUGUGGAUUAGAGAAAAAAUGCAAUAAAUUCCAACUUCUGACAGAU